AUGGUGUUCCUCCGACUUUCAAUUAAAGUCUUCCCGCGGGAGCAGCUGAGCUCGAGCUCGAGCUCCAGCUGGGGCAGGACCUUCCUUGGCGCGCGAAAGCCUGCCAACGAUGAUUCUAGCCAGGGAUCUGGAGUCUCAUCGACACUAAAGAAACCUGGUGUCUUCUUGCUUGUCCUUGAACGCCCCGAGGAGGUUUCGCUUGGUGGGCUUGCGGGUAUGAUCCAAGAACACUGGGCAAAGCUUCACCCAGAACUGGAACCGCUUUCGAUCAAGAAAAUCCUCGAUGACACGAAGGAGGAACUCGAUCUUUAUCCCGAUCUGACUGUUGCUGAUGUCUGGGUUGACUAUGGAAAAGCCCGCACUGAUGGCCUUGACCAACGUGGAUCCGUUCGCGUUAUUCAGAAGCCUACCGUAGCUGCCCCCGAGCGAUUCCCGUCUGUCGAUCAGGAUUGGGAUGCUGCUAUCGUUGCUUAUGAACGAAAGCGUGCCAUGAAGGAUAAAAAGGAAGCCAUGGAGACCCAAUUCCCGGCUAUUCAGGAAGAAGAUGAGGAGAGCAGCGUUCCAUCGCUGCGUACUCACUCUCGAUCUCUCUCUCAAUCUCAUGUUCAUUGGGAACAUUCGCCUGAAUCGUCUCAGCAUACCAAUAAUGACCCUCAUCUCUCAGCUCAGGAGUCACCAGUUGAGCACUGCCAUCGCGAUUUACCUCUUUCUUCGGUUGAAGUCCAUAAUCUCGUCACCACUUCCUCUCCUGCAAAGUCUACAGGCCCUACCAUUGCUGGCACACCACCUCCCAGGCACGAAAGCGAGGAGCUCGGCGAGUCUCCAUCACCAGCCGAGCGACAAGCAUCUAUUGCCAGAUCCCAACCUACAACUGCAUUUGUAGUUGCCAGCUCAUCCCAACUGCAGCCUAGGUUGCAAAAGCUCACAAAGCUACCACCCAUUGCGAGUAGUACAGCCAAGCGGACAAUUACGCAAAUGCCCGACGAUGCUAAAUCCCCACCUAUAUCAUCUGCGCUCAAACAUAACACUCCCCACCAACAGAUGCAACCUACCGAGGAGGCUACUGCGAGCUCCAGUGACAUGGAAUCAGAGUCUGCUUCGCAACGUAUCGUGAAAAUUCCAUCUAAGCCGGGCAUGCCAAAUGGAGUCAAAGGGCAAGGACAUCUUGCGGCAGUGGCUCAGAUUGUAUCUCGACCCCUGCAGAAAAAGCAAGCGGAAACGGUGAUCGGGAUCUCCAGUGAGUCAUCGCGCGAAGAGGAAAGCGACAGUGAGGACUACAGGGUAGAAGGGGUAAAGAAGAAUGCCCAACAGGACCAAAGAGAAAUGCAAGAUCAGGUCGAGUCUGAGUCUGAGUCUGAGUCUGAGUCUGAGUCUGAGUCUGAUUCCGAGUCUGAUUCCGAGUCUGAAUCGGACUCUGAUGCCAGCGGAGAGGAUAGACCCAAGGAUGAGCCCAUCACGCCUCGAAUUGAUCACUCAAUUCCGAUCACUGGGGAUGUGAUUGAUCUAGAGGGCGAUGUACAGAUGGAAGAGCCUAGAGUAACUAGGAGCUCCCAAUUCUCAGAGCAGUCGGAUCCGUCGAUGUUGAAAACAAACGGUACAAAUCUUGAGACUCAAUCACGCAAGCGAAAGCAGGCCUCCGAAGAGCCCGUGUCGGUCAAAGAAGCUCGACAAGAACAGACCCAUCCCUCCACCCGGGUCCCAUCUACUCCUCCACGAUCAGUGCCUGCGGUCAUUGUGCGCUCUGAACAGGCCCGACAUUGCAUGUCGAAGUCGCCAGCCGCUCAAACGAGCCCAAUGCGCAGGCGGAUCCGUGCGCCUUCUUUCUCGAGCCCAGCUCGAAAAGCUAGUGUUCGAGAGGAGAACGAAGCGCCCCUCAAACCUCUUCUAUCUGGAAUUGGCCUGGGAAUCACACAGAGCCCUCCUAGCAAGCAACCUGUCAGGUUGGAUUUUUCGCAAGAAUCUGACGUAGCAUCCACCCAGAACUCUUUUGGUGGGCCGCUUUUCCCAAGUAGCAUCGGGACUGUUGCCGAUGCGCCUACUAGUGCUUCUGUUAACAAACAGACUCCAGCAAUUGAAAGAACAAGAACGCUGCAAUCAGCCAUCCGUGCCAAGGAUUCCCCAAUAACAGAGAGGCGAUCCGUAUCUUUCGCCGAGGGGGAGAGUCUUGCUUCUAGCUUGGACCCCGCUCCACGCUCCACUCGGCGCAACGCUGCGAUCAUCAAAUCCGUCCCCACCAUCAGCCCUACCCAGGAGAUUCCUUUGAGCGCGACCCCACGAAAUACUACGUCCAAGGGCAAGCCCGCUCAGCAGACGCCCAACGCUGUCAAAUCUACCCAGGGAACACCUUCGACCUCCAAAUCUAGCAAAGCCACACCCAAGGCAAUCGCCAAUAACAAAACAUACAAAUCUUCUUCCGAACAUGCUCAGGCAGCACCGUCCAGUAGUCAGGUGGUCUACCCACCCGGAUUUGAUAUCGAUUAUUUAACCCAGCAAGUUGAAAUCGAAAAGAAGGCAAAGGCGAAGGCCAAGGAGGAUGAGAAAGCAAUAAGGAACAAGGAAAUCGCAGAGAGGGCCGAAAUCGAGCACAAGCUUCGGGAAAACUAUGAUCCCCAGCUCACGAUUGUUUUGACCGAGAUGCAGAAUCUCUUGCAGAAAUUGGCCAACUCCAGAUUAGAAUACGCUAAGCGAAAGCCGCUCCGCCUCAGACUGGAAGCCUUGCGUGAAAAUCUACAAGUCUGCGAACAAAGGCUGGAGGCACAAAAGUCCACCCCGCGGGAACCUGUCACAAGAAAGCCAAAUAUAACCCUUAAAGACUUGCUGAGCAGUAAAAAACAGGAACUGGCUGUUAAGCUGCGACCUGAGCCCAAAUCUGCCCCAGCUCCCCGCGGUGAUGUGUACGAAGUGCCCAGCUCUGGUGAGUCUGAGUCUGAAUCUGAAUCUGACUCCACCAGUGACGAUGAUAGCCAAAGUGACAGUGAGUCAGGCGACAUAAUGCCCAAUGGCCAGUCAAUCAAAAUGCGCAAGCCCUGGUCUCAGCGGUCCGAUUAA